AUGAGGCUUUGGAUUUUCUUGUUACUGCUGGCACCUCACUGUUUUGCCUCUAAAUGUAAAACAUGUAGAGGGCAACAAUGCGAAAAUAAUAGUGAAACUUUGCUUGAAAGAUGUACAAUAUUUUCAUCCACAGUGCCAUUUGCUAAUUUAGCUCAUAGUGAUAAUAAGGAGCUACUAAAUUAUGGCUGUUUGGAGUUGAAAUAUUCAAAAGGAAGCUCUAAUGAAGUUAUUCAAAAAUGCGUAAUGGCAGAAAACCUGGAUACAAUUUGUACCAAAAUAGCUGAAAAAAUAUCAUACCAAAUCUGCAAUGUCCAGAUACCAAUUGAAGAUCAAGAUUCAAUGAAACCUGAGGUCAGAGAUUUGCCCAAUCCUCCUGGAUUAAAUGUUGAUAUUUAUACUGCAAUAAUACCUCAAGAACCAACAAAAUCUACUGAUUCAAAAUCUGAAGAUAGUACCACACCAGAUUCGAAUAACAACCAAUUCAAUGGUAGUAUUGGGACUUCAACAAUUAGUGAUUCUACCAAAUCUGUUACAUAUGACAUUUGGGGAGACUCUUCAUCAAAUAAUAAUGGAUUAUUAGUGACCACUCAAAGCUCAUUAUCAAAUCCUGAAACUACUGUAAAAAUCUACAGUACUGAAGUAACAAUUAUUGAAGAAAACACUGAAUCUGAAAACAAUUGGAUUGUUCCUGGCACAACCCCAAAAUCAACUACUGAGUCUUGGUUAGAUAAUUCUCCAGAUGGAGCUGAAAUGACUACUAAAUUGAUAAGCACAAAUGAAGAUGAUUUAGGGCUUCAACAAACAGAAACUAAUGGAUUUAAAGGGCCUACUGAAUCUUCCAUCCAAAAUGCAGGCAGUGAGCAAACUCCAGUUGCUUCCAAUUUUGAUCCAAAUGGAGAGACAGCUGUUGAUUUUUCUGACUCGCAUACAACAAAAUUAGUAUCUACAAUGAUAAUUCCAGGUGAAGAAUCCACUUCGAAGACAACCACAACUGUCAAUUAUAAUGAAGACAAUGAAUCUUCUACAAUUAACGCAAUUGUUGAUGGUCCAAAUUACAACAUUCCAAGCACUGAAAGCCAUUCAUUAGAUGAUUUCGGAGAUAUUCCUUCAGGAAAUGUUUCAAAUGAAGGAGGAGCAAGUGGAUCAGAUUCAACUUCACCAACAGAGGAAUCUAAUCCCUGGCAAGAUUCUUCUACAGUAGUUGAAGCAAGUGAUUCAUUUGAUGUCUCUUCUCAAAAAAGUCCAAGUAAUUCUAACAUGCCAGACAAUGAAAGCCACUCAUUGGAUGAUUUAGGAGAUAUUCCUUUGGAAAAUAAUUUAACUUCAACAAUUGAAGAAUCUGAUCACUUGCAAGAUUCUUCUACAAGAGGAUCAUUUGAUGAUUCAACUCAAAGUAUUCUAAAUAAUAGUCCAAGCACUGAAGAUUAUUCAUUAGAUGAUUUAGGAGAUAAUUCUUCAGGAAAUGUUUCAAAUGAAGGAGGAGCAAGUGAAUCAGAUUCAACUUCACCAAUUGAUGAAUAUAAUCACUGGCAAGAUUCUUCUACAACUGGCUCAUUAGAUGAUUCUACUCAGAAAAAUCUAAAUCCUAACAUUCCAGGCACUGAAAGCCAUUCAUUGGAUAAUUUAGGAGAUAUUCCAUCGGAAAAUAAAUUAAAUGGAGGAGAAGCGAGCAAUCCUUAUUCAAGUUCGUCAAUUGAAAAACCUAAUCACUGGCAAGAUUCUUCUACUACUGGCUCAUUAGAUGAAUCUACUCAAGAAAGUCCAAAUAAUUCUGACAUUCCAGUAGGCACUGAAAGCCAUUUAUUGGAUGAUUUAGGAGAUAUUCCUUUGGAAAAUAAAUCAAAUGGUGGAGAUGCGAGUUAUCCGUAUUCAACUUCACCAAUUGAAGAAUCUAAUCAUUGGCAAGAUUAUCCUACAACUGGCUCAUUAGAUGAAUCUACGCAAAAAAGUCCAAAUAAUUUUGAAAUUCCAGACACUGAAAGCCAUCCAUUGGAUGAUUCAGGAAAUAUUCUUUUGGAAAAUAAAACAAAUGGAGAAGAAUCGAGUUAUCCAUAUUCAACUCCACCAAUUGAAGAAUCAAAUAACUGGCAAGAUUUUUCUACAACUGGCUCAUUAGAUGAAUCUACACAAGAAAGUCCAAAUAAUUCUGAUAUUCCAGUAGGCACUGAAAGCCGUUUAUUGGAUGAUUUAGGAGAUAAUCCUUUGGAAAAUAAAUCAAAUGGUGUAGAAUCGAGUUAUCCAUAUUCAACUUCACCAAUUGAAGAAUCUAAUCAUUGGCAAAACUAUUCUACAACUGACUCAUUAGAUGAAUCAACUCAAAAAAGUUCAAAUAAUUCUGAUAUUCCAGUAGGCACUGAGAGCCAUUUAUUGGAUGAUUUAGGAGACAUUCCUUUGGAAAAUAAAUCAAAUGGAGAAGAAUCGAGUUAUCCGGAUUCAACUUCAUCAAUUGAAGAAUCUAAUCAUUGGCAAGAUUCUUCUACAACUGGCUCGUUGGAUGAUUCUACUCAAAAAAGUCCAAAUAAUUCUGACAUUCCAGUAGUCACUGAAAGCCAUUUAUUGGAUGAUUUAGGAAAUAUUCCUUUGGAAAAUAAAUCGAAUGGAGGAGAAUCGAGUUAUCCAUAUUCAACUUCACCAAUUGAAGAAUCUAAUAACUGGCAAGAUUCUUCUACAACUGGCUCGUUGGAUGAUUCUACUCAGAAAAAUCUAAAUCCUAACAUUCCAGGCGCUCAGGGCUAUCCAUUAGAUGAUUCAGGAGAUAUUCCCUUGCAAAAUACUUCAAAUGGAGAAGAAGCCAGUGAUCAGCAUUUAACUACCCGGAUUGAUGAAUCUGACCAUUCGCAAGAUUCUUUUUCAAUAGUCGACAAAACCACAAGCAAAGAUUUUUCUGCAAUUGGCUCAUUUGAUGAUUCUACUGUAAAAACUACAAUUUUUACCAAUCCAGACAAUAAAGGUAAUUCAAUAGAUGAUUUAGGACAUAUUCCUACAGAAAAUGUUCCGACUUUCCGAUUUGAUGAAUCUUAUCACUUGCAAAAUUCUUCCACAAUAGCUGGAGCAACCAAAACUACUGACUCAUUUGAUAGUUCCACUCCUCAUUCCAACAUUCCAGACUUUGAAGGCAAUUUCUUAGAUGAUCUAGGAGAUAUUCACUUAGAAACAGCCUCAAAUGAAGAAGCCAGUAAUCCAUAUUCAACUGUACCAAUUGAAGAAUCUAAUCAUUGGCAAGGUUCUUCCGUAGUAGCUGAAGCAACCACAAGAAAAGACUUGGAAGAUUCGAUUUAUAACAAUUCAACUCAAAAAAGUCCAAGUUCUCUAGACAAUUUAGAAAAUAUUCCCUCACAAAAUGCUUUAAAUGAAGAAGAAGCGAGAUUUCCGUAUCCAACUUUACCAAUUGAAGAAUCUAAUCACUGGCAAGACUCAUUACUUGACGAUUCUUCAGCUAGAAAUCCAAAUUCAACUCCACUAAUUGAAGAAUCUACAUUGGUUGAAGCAACUACAAUUGAAGAUCAAUUUACAGUUGGUUCAUUUGAUGAUUCUACUCCAAAUAGUCCAACAUUCAACAUUUCAGGCACUAAUGAUUUUGAUUCAAACUUAACAAUUCACUGGCAAGAUUCUAUUAUAAUAGGCUCAUUUGAUAUUGUUCCAACUAUUCCUUCAGGCAAUGAUGAUUCUGGAGUGAAUAACUUGGAAAAUAUUCCUUUGGAUGAUGAUUCUAAAGUAAAUAUAACUUUAACUACUGUAGUUUUUGAAGUCACUGAAGAAUCAGCUCCAACUGUUAGCGCAGCUUCCAAAAUCCAUUUAUCGUCAUUAUUUUAUUUUAUAUUAUUAGUAGUAUUUUAUAUUAGGAAAUAA